UAUUCCGCACUUAAUUUUAAAUCACUAUGACUAUUGCAAUAUAUCGAAUAGACGAUGAUGAGUGUAUCCAGUCACCAUGUGAGAAAGGAUACAAAUGCUCCAAUUAUCCAGGGGGAUAUGACUGUAAUCUCAUUAGCAGUGAAACAUGUGGCACAGGCUUUCUUUUGAAAAAUGGCAGCUGCAUUGAUAUUGACGAGUGUGCUCAAAACGCGUCCAAUUCUUGCAGAAAUGAUAUGCACCAGGAAUGCAAGAACACUGUGGGCAGUUACCACUGCAACUGCCUGCCUGGUUAUAUUUUGGAUGUAACGCAGAACAAAUGCGUUGAUAUAAAUGAAUGCUCAAUUAACAAUCACAACUGCCUCCCAACUCAGAGAUGCGAUAACACGAUCGGGUCAUAUAUAUGCACGCGUUGGACAUCUUGCGGCACGGGAUAUACAUUGAAUGCUGGUACGGGAAAUUGUGAUGGUAAGUAAAAAUAUUUACUAAGAAU